AUGGAUGCGGAAAAGGAACGGAAUCGUAUCCGAGACAACCAGCGCCGUUCACGGGCUCGGAAGAAGGAAUACGUCCAGGAGCUCGAGCAGCGUCUUCGAGAAUGCCAGUUGAAAGGCAUAGAGGCCUCUGCAGAGGUUCAGCAGGCUGCACGUCGAGUCGCGAACGAGAACCAGAAGCUACGGAAACUUCUCAACAACGUGGGUCUAAGUGACGAGCAGGUCGAUCAAUUCUUGAAGACCGGUACAGCCGAAUAUACGGACCGCCAUAGACUACAGAGGCACCCUUCGGGAAGCAGCAUGCCGGGGAAUGCGGCGUCUGCAUUAGACAGUCUUAUGGUUGCGAGGAGGCCGGAUUGCCUCGACUUGACCAAACCAUUACGUUCACCAAGCCAGCACACAAACACCGACCAAGUUCUUUCGUAUGACACGGGAUCUAAUUCUCCGGCUGACAGCUAUGCUGCCACUCCUGAGGAUGCUCGUCAAUCACCUUACGGGAUGGAGUCUGCACCUCCCAUUGGCAUUCCUCAAGCGGCUUACAGACAGGUUGGCGAGUUGCCAGGUCAACGGUUUGCCACCGAAGAUCAAAUCAGACACGGGGCAAGAUGGCCUCCAAACCACAUGCAGCCGUCUAGUGGCCUGGUUAUGAACUUACAGGGCUAUGGAGAAAACCAGACAAUCGACUUCCACCCAUCUUUUACCAGCGCAGACACGACGAGCACUCUACCACCGAAUUGUCGCGCACAAGUUACGCCUUCAUAUUCUGCGUACGAGACAAUACCUCAGCCUCCAAACUUCAUUGCCUCCCAAUUAGGGGGUGGCAGCGCUAGCCAUUCCGGUCCUGCCUCGGUGUCUGAUACAGAUUCGAGCGCAGAAGGCCGGCGAUCACGACAAGCUGGCAACGUGGAUGCAUACCCUUGGAUGCCGUCAGAUACUGUUGUAGGAUCACAUUACAACGCCCGUGAACUAAUGUGGAAUCAGUAUCCUCCCCCUUCUCCACGAGGUGGCCUAAGGCCUUCAGACAACCAACAACACGCAGAUACAAUCCACGUGCCGAGUUCAGAUCGCAAAAUGCAAUAG